AUGGCAACUUUAAACGAAAAAAAGACCUGCAGCGAGCGGAUGGAAAAUUUCCGUCGUUUCGUCUGGAAUCCAGAAACAAAGCUCUUUAUGGGAAGGACCUUAAUUAACUGGGUGUGGAUCAGCCUGUACUACCUGGCUUUCUACGUGGUGAUGUCAGGGCUGUUUGCGCUCUCCAUUUAUUCUUUAAUGAGGACAGUGAAUCCGUACGAGCCGGAUUACCAGGACCAGCUGAAAUCCCCAGGUGUAACAUUACGACCUGACGUUUAUGGGGAUAGAGGACUACAAAUUUAUUACAACGUAUCCGACAACAAAACCUGGGAAGGUUUAGUGACAACUCUUCGGACUUUUCUGACAGCAUAUACGCCAGCUGCUCAGCGCCCGAACAUCAACUGCACCAGCGACACAUACUUCAUCCAGGACACCUUUGAUGGCCCAAAUAAAACAAAACUGUCCUGCAAAUUUAUCUCAGAUAUGCUUCAAAACUGCUCCGGCAUCACAGAUCCUACCUUUGGAUUUCCAGAAGGAAAACCUUGUUUUAUUAUAAAAAUGAACCGGAUUAUCAAAUUUUUCCCCGGCAACGGCACCGCACCAAGAGUGGACUGCACAUAUGGUGACGAGACUCGCCCGCUGGAGGUGGACUACUACCCCGUGAACGGCACCUUCAACCUGCACUACUUCCCCUACUAUGGAAAAAAGUCACAGCCCAGCUACAGCAAUCCUUUGGUAGCUGUGAAAUUUCUCAACAUUACGAGGAAUGUAGAACUUAAAAUUGUGUGCAAAAUCAUUGGAGCUGGAAUUACCUUUGAUAAUGUUCAUGAUCCGUAUGAAGGAAAAGUGGAAUUUAAACUGAAAAUAGAAGACUGA